AUGGAAAAAAAGAGAAUUAAUUAUACUCCAGAUGAAAACAAAUUACUUAUUCAUCUAGUACAGGUAAACAAAGAUAUCAUAGAAAAUAAAUCCACUAAUGCUGUGAGCAAUAAGGAAAAAGAUGAAGCGUGGAAACAUAUCACAAUACAAUUUAACGAAAAGCUAACACAUGUUCACCGAGAUGAAUCUUCUUUGAGGAAGCAGUGGUCAAACAUUAAGCAAGACUGCAGAAAGAAGGCUGCAGAAUCACGACGGCAGUUGUAUAAGACGGGAGGGGGACCUCCAGCUCCAGAGGCAAAAGAUAUAGAGGAGACAAUUAUUUUAGAAGUUAUUAAUACCAAAACAAUAUCUGGUCUUGACAAUGAGAACGACUGUGACCCUUUGUCUCAAUCAUCUACAAACACAUAUAUGGCAAGUGACAAUGACCCAGAAUAUAACCAAAACCAUAAUAUAAGUGGUGUGGAAGAACUUGUGGUAGAAGAACCCAAUGUAGAAGACAGCAGUAUUCAGAAGAGAAGGGCAAACCGGCAGUGGGUCCAAAAAAGGAGACCAGUAAAAAGGAAUUGUGCUGUAGAAGAGGCUAAAGUUAAAAUUAACACGUACGAUAUCAGUUAUAUCGAUAAAGGAUUUUAUAUUUCACAUAUAUCUUCUCCGUGCCUAGAUAACCGAUUCGGUUAA